CACCGGAGGAGGAGGAGGCGGUGGAGGGGGGGGGUGGUGGUGGUGGUGGUUCUGGCUGCUCCGGGGCCGCCUCGCGUUCGCCGCCACCGGCCGGCUCAUGGCCACCCUGGCCGGGGUGUUCGUGUGGGACGGGCAGCGCAUCGAGGAGGAGGAGCUGCAGCGCUCUGCGCAGGAGAUGAAGCACAUGGAGAGCAUUUCCAGCCUGUUCCAAGGGGAUUCCCAGCGCCUGGAUCCCCGCGGGGAGCAGCCAUGGGAGAUGAUCAUGGACAAGAAGCACUUUAAGCUCUGGCGGCGCCCGAUCGAGGGCACCCACUUGUACCAGUACCGAGUGUUCGGCUCCUACACGGAUGUCACCCCCCGGCAGUUCUUCAAUGUGCAGCUGGACACUGAAUACAGGAAGAAAUGGGACUCCCUGGUCAUCAAACUGGAUGUGAUCGAGAGGGAUGUGGCCACUGGCUCCGAAGUGAUCCAUUGGGUCACGCACUUCCCGUAUCCCAUGUACUCCCGGGACUACGUCUAUGUGCGGCGGUACAGCGUGGACCAGGAGAACAACCUCAUGGUGCUGGUCUCCCGGGCUGUGGAGCAUCCGAGUGUCCCGGAAGAUCCCGAGUACGUUCGGGUCAGGACCUAUGAAUCCCAGAUGGUGAUCCGGCCCCACAAAACCUUCGAUGAGAAUGGGUUUGACUACCUGCUGACCUACAGCGACAACCCCCAGACCGUGUUCCCCCGCUACUGCCUCAGCUGGAUGGUCUCCAGUGGAAUGCCGGAUUUCCUGGAGAAGCUGCACACGGCGGCGCUCAAGGCCCAGAAGCUGGAGCUGGAGGUGCGGGAUUACCUGGCUGCCAAGGGGCUGGAGGGCAGCGACGGGAAGGCACCGGCACCGGCACCGGCACCGGCACCGGAGCACAAGGGCGAAGGGAGCCGCAGCCCCGCACAGCUCGAAUACGCCUGAGGAGCCCAUGGGGAU